CAACCAAUUAGCAUUAAGCACAAACAAGUUUUUUAGCCAAUCAGAGAGCUUUGUGGGAUGAUCCCAAGCUCCCGGCUUGGCCUUCAUAAAGUGUAGCUCGGCUAACAGAGGAAUUGUUUUCUUGUUCUUCUUCAAGAAGGUGUUAAAAGAAGCCACAGCUAUGCUGCCUCUAGUUGUUUUAACGUUGUGCCUUGGCGUGAGCCUGUCGGCCCCCAGUCUGGACCCACAGCUGGAUGAGCACUGGAACCUGUGGAAGAGCUGGCACAAUAAAAACUACCAUCAGAGAGAGGAAGGCUGGAGGCGGCUGGUGUGGGAGAAGAACCUGAAGAAGAUCGAGCUGCACAACCUGGAGCACUCUAUGGGCAAACACACCUACCGGCUGGGCAUGAACCACUUUGGUGACAUGACUCACGAGGAGUUCAGGCAGAUCAUGAAUGGCUACAAGCGCAAAGGUGAAAGGAAGGUGAAGGGCUCCUUGUUUAUGGAGCCCAACUUCCUGGAGGCUCCACGUGCAAUUGACUGGAGGGAGAAGGGCUACGUUACCCCCGUCAAAGACCAGGGUCAGUGCGGCUCCUGCUGGGCUUUCAGCACCACAGGCGCUCUGGAGGCUCAGGAGUUCAGGAAGACUGGUAAGCUGGUGUCUCUGAGCGAGCAGAACCUGGUGGACUGCUCCAGACCUGAGGGCAACGAGGGCUGCAACGGCGGUCUGAUGGACCAGGCUUUCCAGUACGUCCAGGACAACCAGGGUCUGGACUCGGAGGAGUCGUACCCAUACAAGGGAACAGACGACCAGCAGUGCCAGUAUGACCCCAAGUUUAACGCAGCCAACGACACGGGCUUCGUCGACAUUCCCAGCGGCAGUGAGCGCGCUCUGAUGAAAGCCGUGGCCUCCGUCGGACCCGUCUCCGUAGCUAUCGAUGCCGGUCACGAAUCCUUCCAGUUCUACCAGUCUGGGAUCUACUAUGAGAAGGAGUGCAGCAGUGAGGAGCUGGACCACGGCGUGCUGGUGGUGGGGUACGGCUUCCAGGGAGAGGAUGUCGACGGCAAGAAAUACUGGAUCGUCAAGAACAGCUGGAGUGAAAGCUGGGGCGACAAAGGCUACAUCUACAUGGCCAAAGACAGGAAGAACCACUGCGGCAUCGCAACGGCGGCCAGUUACCCACUGGUCUGAUGGCUGCAGCCCCACCCUGCAGCCUUGUAGUGUUUUAACUGGAAUAGUUUGGGUGAAGAGACAAAAUGAAGCUUGAGUCGAGCAGAAUCAUCAGUAAGGAGUUUCUGCUGCGUUUCUUGAGGAG